AUGCUCCUGCCACCUGUGUGCUGCUGGCUUCAGCGAGGCAGCAAGACGGUGCUGCUACCACUGGCCCCUGACUGUCUUAGCAAAGUGGUGGGAGGGCUCUGUGUCCAGGCGCACCCACCUGUGCUAGCAGCACAAUCGGGCUUGUGCGGGCCCGCACACCUUGGACUUACUGAAGACUCCCAGCUUUUUGUGAGAUCGGACCUGCCAGUUAUGGCGUCAAGACCCACUAAUUAUGGCGUCAGAGCCCACCCCUUCCGGCAUCCAGACGCUGCUUGGGUCUGGGCUUUUAAGGUGGAGGGGUUGAGAGCGUUCCAGCAGCUCCUGAGCCCUUUUAAACCCCCCGUUCUUUUUCUGUGCCCCAGCGUGACGAGGCUGGGGUGGGCUUCCACCCCCCCGGGUGCAGCGAAGUCACAAGCUCACCGAGAGGACCGGCCGCCCGUUGUGGUGUCCCCGACCCUGCUCCUGUUCUGGGCUUGUAAGGCACCCUUCACUCUACCCCACUUUGCUGACUCUGCCUCCACCAGGGUUGAAGCCAUGGGCAGGAGAAAGAGCAUGCUGAUCCUUAAUCCUGUGCACUGUCAUCAGAACUCUAGCCUGCCACUCCUAAUAUUGGACAUUGGACUUUGUGGGCAUCAUCUACAACCCUUUCAAAACCCCACAGGUCUGGGACAUUUAUGCAACGAAUUUAUGAAGCGCGCAUUCUAAUGGAGGAAGAAAGACAAUAAGCAUCAUAAAGAGACGAAAUGUGUCAAGGAUUAUAAGAAUAUGAGCUUAACCCCUCCGAGACCCAGUUUC